AUGGCUACCACUGUUAAUGAUGAAAAAAUUCCUCUUUCUCUGCAGCAAUUAUUGAACGAUGAAAGCCUCAGCUCAAAGACAAGUAAAGAUGACUCCAACUCCAUAUAUCAAGAAUGCCUAAGCUUAGCUGCAAAGGGACAAGCUACACAAUGUUUACAGAAAAUGUCAAAAUCGAGGGUAUUGGCUAGAUUAACACUUGUUUCCGAAAAGAAAUGGUUCGACUUAUUACUUUCGUGCUUUGAAGCUGCAUAUUUAUCGAAGGACAUCGACUCUGAUACGCAAGAUGUGCUUAAUGAAGUUUUCAAUGGCAAGUUUAUAGAACAUGUUAUGUUUAAACUGGCAAGUAAUGAUAAACAGACAUUGGAAGUAUUGAUCCGCUAUAUCAUGUGCUGUAUUCACAAUUACGAGGUGCAAGUCAAAUCUCAUCCGGCUUCAAUUGACAACUUACAAACAAUUAGUAGGUUCAUCAAAAGUAUACUUAUUAAGUAUGCCUCAGUGGAUACUGGGAGUUUGCACAUCGAAGAACUCCGAUCUCUCGUGACGAUUUUACUAUUUGAGGUUGAAAUUGAGUUAUUGAAAGCAAAACCUAACAGAAAUCUGUAUUGGGAAUUAUGCAAUGAGGUUCCUUGUAUUUCAGAGAUAUUCCAAAACUAUAAUGUCAAAGAUGGAUCUAGGUCAAUAGAGGAAGAUAUUCUCAAUCACCUAGAAGGUUUAUCUAAGGAACGUAAGAGUCGAUCCAAAUCGAGAGCAAAAUCCAAAUCUAAGGAAAAUUCUGACAAGAAUGAUUCUGUAGUAAAGAACAUCCCACCUUCACCGAUUAAAGCAAAGGAACGUUUCCCUGACGCAAUUCCUUUCAAUGAGAGGAACGACUUGAAGCAAGAAAUCAUUAGUAGAAUAUGGGGGACCCUGUCCAAAACUUUCACUACACAUGAAUUAAAAAGCUUCAUGGGUCAUUCAAUGAUUCUCCUAUCUCUCGUAGUUAUUGUUAUUCUUGGUAGAAAAGGAACUAGAAUCGGCUACCUUUUCAGGAACAUCACACGAAAUUUUGACACUAUUCUUAAAUAUUUAGAGCAACUUUUCAGUAUUCUAUCUAGCAUCUGA